CAAAAUCUCCCCUCUGGCCCGCCACCGCCACCGCCACCGCCACCGCCUGCCGUGCCGCACCUCGGCUCCGCCCACCGCCGACGCCUGAAGCCGCCGCCACUGCCGUCUCCCCCCUUUCCCUCGUCGCGCUCCUGCUGCCUCCCCCGCCCGGCCCGCGGCCCCCGGCCAUUGAUUUUCGAGGGCGUGAUGCUGAGCCCGUGCGACCGGUUCCUCCACCGUGCUCCCGCGCCGCCGCCGCCGCUGAUUCCGCAGUCGAACCUCGCGCCCUCGGUGCCCGGCGCCAGCCGCAGGGACAAAGGCCUCGCGCUCCAGAGCAACGCGGUCUCCGCGCCGCCGGCGAGAACCGCCGAGACUUGCCCCAACGCGGUGGUGGUUCCACUCACCGUCGCCGGCACCACCGGACAGAGGGCUAAUGCGCAAAGGGGGAAGGGCAGGGGCAGGUUGGCCGGCUACGGCGGGUCCAUCCCGGCGAUGCUGGAAGCGCUGGAGCGCGUCCGGAACGUCGGGGAGGCGUUGUGGCCGUGGAGGGACACGCUGAGCAGCCGGGAGAGGACCAUCAUCCUCAAGGAGCAGAAGGACUGGAAGCGGGUGGUCGAGAUUUUCGACUGGUUCCGCCGGCAGAGGCGCCACGAGGUCAAUGUGAUCCACUACAAUGUCGUGCUCUGCGCGGUCGGGCGGGCGAAGAAAUGGGACCUCGUCGCCGGCCUGUGGCACCAGAUGCAUUCCAGCGGCAUGGCGCCGGAUAACGCGACGUACGGUACGCUGAUCGAUGUGUACUGCAAAGGAGGCAGAGAGACGGCGGCGUUGCUGUGGCUCGGGGACAUGUGCAAGCGCGGCUUGGUGCCUGACGAGGUCACCAUGAGCACUGUCCUUCAUGCGCAUAAGAAGGCUGGAGAGUAUGAGAAGGCAGAGAUUUUCUUUCAAAGAUGGUCGUCUGAAUCAGAUACAAGGUUGGACGGACAUCUUUGCUAUAGCUUGUAUACCUACAACACCUUGAUUGAUACUUAUGGAAAGGCUGGGCAGCUUGAGAAAGUGUCAGACAUGUUCAACCAAAUGUUGAGGGAAGGUGUCGCGCCGAGCAUUAUUACAUUCAACACGCUGAUUCAUAUCUGGGGUAAACACCGUAAGAUGGAGCAGGUGGCUUCUUUGGUGAGGAUGAUGGAGGAGUUUCAGUGCCUUCCUGACACCAGGACAUACAAUACACUGAUCUCACUAUACAGAGAAAGCAAUGAAAUUGAUGUUGCAGAGCACUACUUCUGUAAGAUGAAAGCUGAAAAAUUGGUGCCGGAUGUUGUGAGCUGCCGCACACUAUUGUAUGGGUACUGUACCAGGGGAAUGGUCAGUAAAGCAGAAGACCUUGUUAAAGAAAUGGACGAGAGUGGCCUGGUGAUCGAUGAAUACACGCAGUCAGCUUUAACGAGGAUGUAUGUAAAUGCUGGGAUGCUUGAGCAGUCUUGGUGUUGGUUUGAGAGGUUCUGUAAUCAGAUGGACUCCGAGUGCUUUUCUGCAAAUAUUGAUGCAUUUGGGAAGAAAGGGUACAUAAACCUUGCAGAAAAGGCUUUUAUGUGUUGCCUGGAGAGGAAGAUGCUUAGCGUUUCUGUGUGCAAUGUUAUGAUCAAAGCAUAUGGGUUAGCAGAGAAGCUUGAUGAGGCCUGUGAGAUAGCCGCUGGCAUGGAGAGGUACGGUGUACUACCUGAUUACUUGACUUACAGUUCUCUCAUUCAACUCCUGUCAACUGCUAAACUGCCAGAGAAAGCUCUGUACUACUUGAGAAAGAUGCAAGCAGCUAAAAUGCCGAUUGACUGUGUUCCAUACUCUGUGGUGAUUAGCAGCUUUACUAAGAAUGGGAAUUUGCACAUGGUUGAAUGCCUAUUUAGUGAAAUGGUCACUUUGGGGGUCCACACGGAUUCAUAUGUUUACUCUAUCUUAAUUGAUACAUAUGCUGAAGUUGGAAAUGUCCAGCAAGCUGCAGCAUUUUUUGGUUUAGUGACAAAGGCUGGUUUGUGUGACAGUGCUUCAAUCUACAAUUCUUUGAUCAAACUCUACACCAAAGCAGGGUAUCUGGCAGAGGCCCAAAAAACAUACAAGCUUCUGAAAUCAUUAGAUACUGACACCAAUCUUUAUGCAUCCAACUGCAUGAUUGGCCUCUACAGUGAUCAUUGUAUGGUGAACGAAGCACGUGAGCUUUUUGAGAAUUUGAAGAUUACGGGAAGUGCAAAUGAAUUUUCAUAUGCGAUGAUGGUGUGCUUGUACAAGAAAGUUGCUCGCUAUGAUGAAGCUCACAGGAUCUCCAAGGAAAUGCAAGCUUUAGGGCUUCUAACUCAAGCAUUAAGUUAUAAUUCUGUGAUUCAGAUGUACGUAUCUGGUGGGAAAAUGGAAGAGGCUGUGAAAAUAUUUCAGAAGAUGUUGGCAUCAAGCACACCACCAAACGAUGUAACUUUCAAGGCACUAAAACCAAUUCUAGUGAAAGAAGGAGUUGCAAAUAUUGAGAUUGCAAAAUUAGAGUCUCUCAGAAGGUGUAACACUCAAGAUUGCUUGAAUCAGUGGUACAGGGCACUAGCUCUGGUUGUAAGAUCAGAUGGGACUACCUCUCGACGUACUAUGGGUCACUCUUGUACAAGGAUACAUUCUUUUUACAUUGACAGUUUCUAGAGUAGCAAGUCCAGAACUGCUUUCAACUGAUAACUCCCAGAUGUUCUUCAAAAGAUGCAUCAUGAGUUUACGUGAAUGGUCACUUGGACCAAUGAUCUGCCAUUCAGUCUAUGACGAGAAGAGGAGAGCAUUCUGGAACAGACUCAAAUCAGAACUCAGUUGAAACAGAAUUGGUUUGAGGAAGAGGUAAAGUGUGUUCUUGGCCAUAAACUAAGUUGCCCUCAUAAAAAAAUUUGAAAAGUAACUGUGAGGGUUGUGAAAAUGCUGCUUGCCAGUAACGAAGACCACUGCCAAAGUACUGGAAGAUCUUGGCCAUUCAGGUGCUUCACCAGGUACAACUAGUUGGUGUAGGCUGUGAUUUCCUUCUGGAACAAGAACUUGGCUCAGAUCAUCAUUUGAUUUUUCUUACUGGCUUGGUACAAAAAGGCAUGGCAUAUUUGAUACUAUGCAGCUGCGACAGGCGGUUUACGGAGAUCUUGCAAUAAUGGUGUUUAAUUGCCAUGUAUGAUAUGUACAUGGAACAGGGAUACAAUGUUGAAAAAAAACACACGACAACUCCGGUGUGCCUUUGAUGAAGAUCAAGGGAUCCACGCUGCUAAUGAGUUUGAAGCACCAGAGUCUGGAACCAAGUCUCUAAUCUGGAAAAGCAGUGCAAUGCAAUGCUGUGAUGUUGAUGUGUUGUUAUCACUGGUUACCCUGCUUUCAUGUAUUAUUAUCAGUUUCUUGCUACUAUCAGUCUUCAAAGUUGCAUGUAAAUUUACGAUGGAAGAUGGAGCUCUAUAAAUUUGUUUAUUCAGAAUUAUAUUGUCGACGAGCAGCACUUCAGUUUA